AUGGUGAAAGACAAGAACACCGUCAUCGAUGAAUUCAACGACCUGGUCAACAUGACCCCCAACGAACUCCGCGCCUGGCUCAAGGAAGAACAAUCCCAGUCCUCAGGCUGGAAGGGCGAAUCCGGCGAGACGAUCGGUCAUGAGAGCGGCCGCAAAAUCGUGGCCAUUCUCGAACAUAACCCCUCUAGGGAUCCGUCCAGGUACUCGGAUGAGGAUCUAGAUCAUAUGCGCAAGGCGGUCUCGUACUGCAAGCGGCAUCUGGCGCAGGAGGAGCGUGCGAAGCAGGAUACAAAUAGUAGGAGUUACAAGUCGUUGAAGAAUUGGGGGCAUGAUCCUCUGAAGGAGUGA